AUGCAGGAUGCCCCGACGUCGCCACAGUCGGAGGCGGCGUACGACGAGACCCUCCUCAUCCGCGACGCACGGAAAGAGGACGAGGAGCUCCUCUUGGGGCGUGCGCGCGGCUACCGCGUGGAGAAGGUCAUCGGGCGAGGUAGCUUUGGAGCUGUAUUUCUGGCUCGCGAUGGGGAGCAGCUGCAGCGAGUGAUCAAGGCGGUGGAGGUCCAGCGCGCGAAGCCUUCCCACUCGGUGCACCAGGAGGUGGCUGUGAUGAAGUGCCUCAGGCAUCCGCACAUCAUCCGAUUCCGGGACAGCUUCAUCGAGAAGGACCUUCUCUGCAUCGUCAUGGACUUUGCGCCUGCCGGAGAUUUGCUGCUUCGUGUGGACGCUGCGCGGCGGGCGUCGAAGCCUUCACUCCCAGAGGAGCAGACAGUGCAAUGGUUUGUGCAGGCCGUCGCCGGGGUCAAGUACAUGCACAGCCUGUGCAUCAUCCACCGCGACAUCAAGAAUGAGAACCUCUUCCUGGAGUCCGAAGUCCACCUGCGCAUUGGCGACUUCGGCCUGGCGAAGAGGCUGAAACGCGUUACGGAGAUCUUCGUAGAACAGCAGAUCGUUGGCACGCCACUCUACCUGAGUCCGGAGGUCUGCGCGAAGGGCAUGUACUCAGCAGCCAGCGACCUGUGGGCCUUGGGCUGCUGCCUGUUCGAGCUCUGCUCGCUGAGCCUGCCCUUUGAGGCCAUGAACCUACCGAGUCUCCUGGUCAAGAUCACAAGCAUGACGACACCGCCGAGACCUUCAGGCCACUGCUCCGAGGAGCUGGCAGACAUCUGCGCUUGGCUGCUCACGAAGAGCCGGCAAGGCCGGCCCACCGCCAUUGAGGUGUUCCAGCACCCUUUCCUGCGAGCCAUCGCAGACGAGGCCAUUCGCCGGCGGCCCAAAGCCGUGGAGGCUGUAGAUGUGGCUGCUGCGGCGGAACCAGAAGUGGUUCCAGGCGGCUACCCCAAGCGCAGAGAGGAUUGCCUCGCAAAAAAGUCCCGGGUGGCCUUCGGCACUCCAGGUCCGUGUGCGGGGCCGGAGGAUGCUGCCCUGCGCGCUGGGCCAGAAGACCAGGCUGCGCGGAGCACGUCGAGGCCCCGUUCCCUGUCUCCGGACUCCCAGUCCCCGAGCUAUGAGGGUCUUCAAGCAGCUGCGCGGCUUGGGGUUGCGGGUUUGAGUGAAGCAAGCCUAAGAGAAGUACUUCCUGAAACUUGGUAG